AUGAACGACUCCAUUGAAAAUCUCAACAACCUGCUUCUUUUGGGCGUCAUAUUCGUCACAGGACACCCGAAACUGCCCUGUGAAGGCGAAUCAGCCCCAGACGGCUGGAACUGGCCCCCAUCGACCUGGUUUCGACUCACAAACCUGUCGGUACCCUUGAGGGAGCUGAGAUAUUUGUACGACACUAAAGCGAUUCGAGUGACAUGCACUUCGACGCCUCUCAAACAACUUCUAUCCCUGAGAAUCUAUCUGGUGCCAGAAGAACUAAGAGUCAAAACCCAACCCAAGCACCUGUACUCGUUCGCCCUCCAACAUAUGCACGAUAAGCGAAAGUCGGCAAUCAGCCGCUUGAUACCCUUCUUCUACAUACCAGGAAAACAGACACCCAUCGUUCCCUUCUAUAGAACCAGUCUGGGAGUCAUCACAAAGAUGGUAACCUCGGAGGAACGGCUCAACAGCUGGCUUAGUCAUCUGUGCAAUGAUCCUGCCAAAAAGACGGCAAGCAGGGACGAGCUGGAAAGUGGCAAAAAUCUUCUCAUGAGUCUUUACGAGUCUGUUGACUUUGUGCCUCAGUAUGACCUUUCUGAUCCGCAUGUUGAUGCGGUAUUCAGUGGCCAUGUCGACAACCUCAAGUCAGAGCUGUACCCUUACCAGGCAGAAACAGUCUCACAAAUGAUGCACAUGGAGGAAACCCCUAGGACGGCUGUCAGCGCGAGGUAUUUGUCGGUAAAGGGUUUCUUUUUCCAUCCAGAAGAUUUGGUGGCUCGCAAGGAGUUACCCGAAACCACCGGCUUGUCUCGAGGAGGAAUUCUGGCGGAAAAUAUGGGUCUUGGAAAGACGUGCAUUUGUUUAGCAUUGAUAUGUGCCACUCGAAAAUCGAUGGCAACUGUACCUGCUCAGUAUAGCGAUACUCUGUCUGAAACGAUGAUGAAGCUACCGGGCAAUGGCAAGAUUUCUCAGCUCAAAGUGCUGGUGGCUCAAAGGGUGGCUGAACUAGGAGCUCCUUGGGGUCUCUACGCAGACCGUCUCUCUUCUUCGUGUGUUGCAGUGCUCUCUUCCAUCAGAUGUACUUUUCUCAUGCCUGAUAUUCCCCGUGUGCGAGUGAGUAGUCGUACAGCCGCUUCACGCGAGCAAAAACCGCCUAGGCGUAUCCAUCUGUCAGCUACUACGCUUCUUGUUUGUCCAGACUCGCUACCGUUCCAGUGGCUCACUGAGACCAAGAAGCACACGGAGAAUCUCAAGGUGAUCCAUGUCAGUUCUGUGGACAAGGCUCCUGAUCUGGACACUGUUCUUGACGCCGAUUUGGUGAUCAUUACUAACAGUAUCUUGAAGGAGGUGUUCUCCAACCCAGCAUGUUCACACAUUCAGGACAUUAGGUGGAAACGGCUGAUUGUAGAUGAAGGUCACGUGGUUGGAAAUAACAACUCCAUUCUGGACAUUUGUGGGCAGGAGUGGAUUGCUGAGUGUCGAUGGGUCGUCUCAGGAACGCCUACAGCCGGAUUGACGCGUCUAGACACAACGACUCUGUUCGACCACAAGUCCGAUCUUCAGAAACUGGGCCGAAUAAUGGGUGAGUUUCUCAAGAUUGAACCGUGGAGUUCGAGCCCUAGCUCGUGGCAGCAGUCGGUCGUGAAGCCUCUUCUAGCUGGUCGGUACGACGGCUUUGAGCACGCUGUCAGGGUCUUGUCUGGAGUUCUAGUGCGUCAUCAGAUUGAAGACGUGGAGCAAAGCACAAGGCUACCGCCCCUCUACAAUGACGUGGUCUUUUUGAAUCCCUCAUUCUACGACCGAAUUAUCGCGAACCUCUAUGUCUCCAAUAUCUGUCUGCUCAACUUGGUUGAUGAAAAGAAGUUCGGUUUGAAAAAUCUUCUCCGUCGACUCAGAGGAGCCUUCGUGGUCUCCACCAAUUAUGAGACUCGAGAUAUCCAAUUCUUUCUCGAUGAGCUGAGUGCUUACAUCUACGAAAACCGGGUGGCUCUCACUGGCCCCGAUAAUGAAAAUGAUGCUCGGCUUAUCAAGAAGAUCUUUUCGGCCUUGAACUACGCGGCAACUUCUGGCAACUGGCUCCAGAUUGCCGGAACACAAGAGAUGCCCUUCUUUGUGGAAGAUGAGACUCGCACAUCGCGUGCCUUCCAGAUGGCUAAUCCCCUUAUCGUUCGAGACAAGCGUGAGUACGGAAUUAUUGGAGGUGCACCGCUGACAUAUCUACAAAGGGCCGCCAGUGAGGAUGAAAAGCUGGAUCUGUGGACGGAAACGAAAUCCAAAGAUGGCACACCUUUGGAGGGUGUUAUUAAAGAGCUGUCUGAUGAUCCCUUGUUCUCAAGCAGAUUCUGGACAUCCUACAACAGAAAUGUUGACAAUAAGAGAGAGCGGAAAGACAAGAAGAAUCCAGCCGUCAAGAAUUUUCAUCAUGCAAAGCAGAAAAUAUCUCCCGAAGAAUAUCUUGAAAGCGUGGGUUUGAAGGUAGAGUCUGCUCCUACAGGAGCGCCUCAAAAUCACCAUUCGCAAUUGGAGGCGGAUUAUCCAGUGAGUGACAAACCCACAAUUGUCGGAACUGGCUCGUCCAAGUUGUCUUACCUGGUGUCCAAGACUCUUGUUCUUGUUAAAGAUCACAAGAUCAUUGUUUUUUACGAAGACGUGGACUCAGCCGUCGCUGUUGCUGAGGCCUUUGAAGCAGUAGGGAUCAAGCACCUCAUUUACACGACAGACAAGGUUUCAAAGGAGAGACGCGCCCAGUAUCUCGCCACGUUUGAAGCGACGGACAACUUCCAGGUACUUCUCAUGAACAUCAACGCUGCUGCGCAUGGUCUCAACAUCACCUCUGCCUCGUGGGUAUUCUUUCUUUCUCCCGUGUGGAGACGAGACAUCGAAGCUCAGGCUAUCAAGCGAGCUCACCGUAUUGGUCAAAAGUCGGAGGUGCACGUAGAGACCCUCGUACUCCAAGAUACUCUGGAGGAAGAUAUUUAUCGACGUCGAACGGAGAUCUCAGAUGCUAAUGACGAAACCCCAAAGGAAAUGGUUGACGACGACCAGCUGCGAGAAACGCUUCUCAACUACGCUUUAACAUCCAUGGAGAAUCUUCACAAAGGAACGACAGACGAAGUCGCGUUCUUUGACAAGCCUGUCCCGCUGUAUAUCAAGGUCGAUAAACACGACCAGUUUGAGAACUCUCUGGUUCACUUCGAGGGUCUGCCGGUGAGAAAGAAGAGGAAGAAGACUGUGGUUGCUGAUGGAUUUGCAUCUUCCAAGAGGAGUAAGGGAAACUUGGUUAAAAAAGAAACUACUGCAAAUAGAUAG